AUGUCGAAGGAUACAAUGCAGGCAGUGGUGUUCAAAGGCAAACUAAAGGUGGCCAUCGAGCAACGCCCAAUCCCGAAGAUCAAGGAGCCUGGAGACAUCAUCGUCAAGGUCCGUUACACCGCAUUAUGCGGCAGCGAGCUGCACGUCUUCCGCGGCCACCAGCCCUCAGCUACCGACUUCAUCAUGGGCCACGAGUUCACUGGCGAGGUAGUUGAGACUGGUUCGGACGUCAAGAAGGUGAAGAAGGGUGACUUGAUCGUCACGCCUUUUACCAUCAGCUGUGGAGAGUGCUUCUACUGUACGAAGGGGUAUUCGUCGCGUUGCUCCAAGUGCCAGCUUUUCGGGACCACCAUUCUUGACGGCGGGCAGGCCGAGUAUGCACGCAUUCCGCUUGCGGAUAGUACUGUGGUAAAGGCGCCGAGUAAUAUUGAGGAAAAUGCGCUGGUUUUGAUGGCUGACAUCUUUCCCACUGGAUAUUUCGCAGCAAAAAACGCCUUCCGCGGGUUCGACAAAGAUGAGAUCGAGAACAGCACUGUGUUGCUCAUUGGCUGUGGUCCAGUCGGGCUUUGCUCUCUGGUCAAUGCUUUGGAUUUCAAGCCGAAGCAUUUGCUGGCCAUUGACGGAGUGGACAGUCGGCUAGAUAUUGCGAAGAAGCUCGGUGCUGAGCCGUGGAACUACCAGAAAGACAUGGAAGGGCUUAAGGCGAGGAUCAAGGAGCUCACAGACGGGCGAGGAGCUGACACGGUCAUUGAGCUGGUCGGCCAUUCUGAUGCUCUGCAACUCGGGUUUGAGAACUUGCGGCCAUGGGGCAACAUCAGCUCGAUAGGUGUGCACAAUGGCGAGAUCCCGUGGACAGGGAAUCAAGCGUACGGCAAGAACCUGCGGAUUCAGAUGGGACGGUGCCCCGUGCGAAGUCUGUUCGAGGAGGCACUCGAAGCCCUUGCCAAACACCAGAGCAAGCUGGGAUUUAUGUUCGAGAACAUUGUGCCGAUGUCAAAGGCCGUGGAAUACUACGACCUGUUCAACCAGAUGAAGGUCCAAAAGGUGGUCUUCGAAGCCGAUAAGUAG